AUGGCAUCGGUGUCUACGCCUGAAUUCAAAGUGAUUUUGUGCGGUGAGUACGGCGUCGGGAAGACAUCGCUGUUCCGCCGCUUCGCCACCAAUACCUUCCUCGAGACCCAAUCCAUGUCCGCCGCGAAGUCCCGACAGUCGACACUGGGUUUGGACCACUUGUCCCGUCAGUUUGAUGUCCAGAAGCCGAUCCGAAUGCAGUUGUGGGACACCGGAGGACUCGAAAGAGUGGCCAGUAUUACAAACUCGUACUACAAGUUCGCCGAAGCGGCUCUUCUCGUCUUCUCAUUGGAUUCGUUGGAAUCGUUUCACUGUCUGUCACAACAUCUCAUCGAAAUCCUAUCGUUGGCCGAAAACGCGAAGAUAUUCCUCGUCGGCAAUAAGAAUGACUUACAGCCGCACGAAGUGCUCGACUCCGAUAUCGACCUCUUCGUCGAACAGUUCCCCAAAUUUAACGGCAUUUUUAAGAUCAGUUGUAAGACUAAUGACGGCAUUCAACAGAUGUGGUCAGAGAUCGCCGAUAAGUUGGCGGUGAGUUCGUUGACGAAGACAUCGAUGGAUGCGUUCAAAUUGCAUCAAAACCAACUCCAACUCAACCCAACCGGUGGUCAACAGUCCUCGUGUUGCGGCUCUUCUUCACCGCACACUUGA